AGGACGUUCUUUCACGCCAAAAGCUUCUUUUUUCCCAUAUAUAUUUAGUUUUUUAAAAUAUGUGAUUUAAAGACUAGCCCUAAACGUCAACUCCCAUUAAUAUGUACGUCGAUAACAUAGGCGUAAUCCAUAUAUCAUUGGAAAAAGGUGUAGAGAUAAGACUCAGUUCCAAUAAAAACCUUGUUCUGAUUAAUUACAUUGAUAAUAACAUAUUGACUAAGCCUCAAGAUACCAACCAACCUGCCAACGAGAUGGUGACAACCCUAGAAGAUGACAAUACAAGAAUAACUAAUUUUGAUAUCAAAAGCAAAUGUCCAUAUCUAGCAUCUACCUCGCUAUCCUCAUCGAUACCAUUACCCACGAUGAGUAGACCACCUCCUCAAAUGCCGCAAUUACACCAAUCGUACCAACAAAGACAGAUGUAUUGUAUAGUUAGUUGCGAUAAGCGAGGUAGUAAAACUGCGAUCGAUCACCCUGGAGCUCGGAUGAGACAUAAACUGACGCGAGUCGAAGCCAGCCUGACGGGUCAGAGACGGGUUAGAUUUGACUCUGAGGGAAUAAAAUUUUGUCGGACUUUUUCUAAAGUGCUUAAAGACUCACGUGGAACGGUAGUCGGGUUAGGAAGCCCUCAGACUACUAUAGGCUAUUCCCUCGAUUCCAAAGGUUUGGGUAUGGUACUAGAAGAUUUUCCACCGAUGGCGUCACCGCCUCAAACGACUUUUUCAUCUACCUCGAUCUUGUACAAUAAUAUAGAUCAAGAGCUAGAACCCGAAAAGUAUUCAUCACAAGAUGACACUACUAGCAACGCAUUACCUUGUAUGAGUACUCAAAAGACAAAAGAUCUCAGCAAUCAAGCACCUUGUAUCGAGAGCGAGAUUUUGAACAUUGUAGGUAAAGGUGAUAACGACGAGAUUUCGGAUAUCACUUCUGUUCCAUUCAGGGAAAAAACAUUUAAUUAUAAUCCCCUGGGGGACAGGCUAAACGAUUCUUUUAACGACCGUAUCCUAAAUAAGUUGCGCAAAUCUUACGAUCUCGUCAACAGGGCCAAAUUUUGCUCGGACGAUGACUUAAAGGUGCAGUAUAUACUGAUCGACGGGUUCAAGAUAACGCAAGAUACCAUGUCCGGUGAGGUGGAGAUCAAAGACAACGUUAAGAGGAUAUGCUUAAUACCAUUUCUCAAUAAAAUAUGGUUGGAAACUCCGUAUAUCAAAGCGUCAGUCGAAUCUAACGGUAUCGUGUCAAUAAAAAGAGGCGAAAGGAAAUUAGAUGCCAGUUCAUUUAGAUUGACGGUUAACAAUCAAAAAUUCGCCUCAGGGUUUUCUAUGGAAGGAAAUUUAUUCGUUAAAAAACUUCGUUAAAUUGCAAUAUUUUUAUUUU